UACGGCUGACUCUCGUCCUACUGCUCACAGAAGCUCUGUGAAGCCCCGUUUUUCUUCCCCGGGGGAAGGUGAGGCUGUGCCACCACGAUGGAUCUCCUGGGGGCUCCCGCAGGCCUGCUGGCCGUCUGCCUGAUCCUCUGGGUGGCAUGGAAGACCAUCGGGGCCAAAAAGAGAAACCUUCCCCCUGGCCCAACGCCUCUUCCCCUGGUGGGGAACCUCCUUCAGCUGAGAGCGAGCAACGUUGCCGGACGCCUGCAGAAGAUGAGCGAGAAGUACGGGCCCGUUUUCACCGUGUACUUCGGCUUGGACCAGGUGGUGGUUCUCCACGGUUAUGAGGUGGUGAAGAAGAUUCUGGUGGACGGCGGAGAUGAGUUCCUUGACCGAGGCAGCUUCCCGUCGGCAGAUAAGACCAACAGAGGACUUGGUAUUCUCAUGGCCAGCGGGGAACGCUGGCUCCAGAUCCGGCGCUUCUCCCUCACGACCUUGAGGAACUUUGGAAUGGGGAAGAAAAGCAUCGAGGAACGCAUCCAGGAGGAGGCAGAGUACCUGAUGAAGGCCCUCCGAGCCACCAAGGGCCAGCCUUACAAUCCAGCCAUGGUGCUCAGCUGUGCGACCGCCAACGUGGUCGGCCACAUCCUCCUCGGGGAACGAUUCGACUACCAGGACGAGGAGUACCGCCGGAUUGUCCGCUUGCUGAUUGAGAGCCUGAGGCUGGAGAGCUCCGUCGCAGGACAGCUUUACAACAUCUUCCCAAGGAUCAUGGACUAUCUGCCUGGCCCGCACCAAACGUUCUUCAGCAACCUGUCUGAUGUCCAGGCCUUCGUAGGGCGGAAGAUCAAAGAGCACGAGAAAACCUUGGAUCCCAGCGCUGGCCCGAGAGACUUUGUCGAUGCCUUCCUUCUCAAGAUGGAGCAGGAGAAGAAUAAUCCCAAGACGGAAUUUACGACAGACAAUCUGAUGAUGACCGUUUACGACAUUUUCUUUGCUGGGACAGAAACCACCAGCACCAGCCUGAGAUACACCCUCAUGAUCCUGCUUGAACACCCAGAGAUGCAAGCAAAGGUCCAUGAAGAAAUAGACCGAGUGAUAGGGCAGGAAAGGCCACCCUCCAUGACAGACCGCCUGAAAAUGCCUUAUACAGAAGCAAUCCUUCAUGAAGCCCAAAGAUUUCUUGCUCUCAUCCCCCUUGGUUUCACCCGGGUGGUGAAAAAGGACAUGGAACUCAAUGGCUUCACUAUUCCAAAGGGUGCUACGCUGUACCCCAUCUUGAACUCCGCAUUGCGUGAUCCCAAGCAAUUUAAAAAUCCUUACCAGUUUGACCCGGGACAUUUCCUGGAUGAAAAGGGGAAUUUCAAGAAGAACGGAGCUGACAUGCCUUUUUCCGCAGGAAAAAGGAACUGCCUAGGUGAAGGACUGGCCCGGAUGCAACUCUUCCUCUACAUCACCACCAUCCUGCAGAGUUUCCAUCUUAAACAUCCUCCCGGGGUCACCAAAAUCAACCUUACUCCAGAGGUCAGCGGGUUUGGGAACAUCCCACACCAAGUUGACUUCUGCUUCUCUCCACGCUAAAUCGUGACGCGCCUCACCUCACCUCUUGUGGCGUCCGCUGCACUCUUUGAACGCAUCCCUCAUCCUCCGUUCUUAAUCUUCAUUUUUAAUUCCAAAAGUACUGGGCUGGAGAAAGAAUAAUUCUGGUUUCCUUGUCUCCUGGAGUUACUACCCUGUUUCCCCGAAAAUAAGACCUAACCUGAAAAUAAGCCCUAGUAG